AUGAGCUGCGCUGUGGACGCCAUGACAAUGUUUGGAUAUUUUAUCCUCCUCUCUUUCCUCUUCUUUCACUUGCCUCUCUGCCACAGCCUCACGCAAUUACCAGAGUUUGAUGAAGAUGACAUUAAGUGCCUCAACCAGACCAAAGCAGAAUUGACUGAUCCAAAUCAGUCUCUUUUCACAUGGCGGUUUGGGAACAGCAGCCAAGGCUUUAUCUGCAACUUUGUGGGAAUUCAGUGCUGGCAUAACGAUGACGGCAGACUUCUAAGCGUUAAGCUCCCUGGAAUGGAGCUUUCGGGGCAUUUCCCCAGCGGCUUGAAGUACUGUGGGAGCUUGACUAACUUGGAUCUCUCUAGCAAUAGUCUUUCAGGCACAAUCCCAAAGGAUCUGUGCAAAUGGCUUCCCUUUCUUGUGCAAAUUGAUCUUUCGUCAAACCAGUUUACUGGGCCAAUUCCCCCCGAGCUCGCUAAUUGUACUUAUCUGGAUGUACUGCACCUGAAUGACAACCAACUUAGUGGUUCGAUACCAUGGGAAUUGACGCGGCUGGAGCGGCUCAACGACUUCAAUUUUGCAAAUAAUAUGCUUACAGGUCCAAUACCUGCUAAGUGGGCCUCUAAUAGCAGUGACCUCUUUUCGGGUAACCCUGCACUAUGUUCGAAACCCUUGAGCAGGGGAUGUGGAAGACCAAAUUCAGUUAAUCUGGUGGUUGUUGCUGCGUUUGUGCUUUACGGCAUUGCAAUUGUUACCUGGGGCAUUCUCUGCAUUCGUGGCUGGUUUUCAAGACAAGCAUCUCGAGGAUCGCCACUGCCGCCAUAUAGGCAGCCUCUCGAUCAUGUAAAAAUUCGGAGGUCCAAAAAAGUUUGUAUGUUCGAGAAGCCCAUAAAUAAAAUGAGAGUGGGUGACCUUGCGGAUGCCACGCACAACUUCAGCGAAGACAACAUCCUAUGGAGUGACAGCACCGGGGUCUUUUACAAGGCUGAGCUGCCCGACGGCUCUCUGCUGACGGUAAAGAGGUUGAGGAUUUGCGAGCAGAGUGAAAAGGAGUUCAAGUGGGAGAUGAAGACAUUAGGGCAUCUGAGGCACCGCAAUCUGCUCCCACUUCUGGGUUACUGCAUUGCCGACGACCAAGAGCGGCUGCUCGUCUACAAAUACAUGGCCAGAGGAACUCUCCUGAAUUGCUUCCACGGCCUCCACAGAGACCAGAAUGAGUUGGACUGGCCCACCAAGCUUAGGAUUUGUAUCGGCAUUUCAAGAGGACUGGCGUGGCUUCAUCACAUCUGCAAUCCUCAUAUAAUCCACCGCAAUAUAUGUUCAGGAGUAGUUUAUAUGGACAAUGAUUAUGAGCCCCGCAUCAGUGGGUUCGGAUUAGCCAGAUUUAGCAGCGAUGGAGGUGAGACUCGCAUCAGCAUUUCUUCCCAGCAGAAUUUGGGGAACGAAUUCCAAUACGCUGCGCCGGAACAGUGGAGGAAUAUUCCGUCUAUGGCCACAAUGAAAGGGGAUGUAUACAGCUUUGGAGUGGUUGUGCUUGAAAUCGUAACGGGACUGAAGCCUGACGAUGUACUGAUGGAAAGGGAAAGUGAGAAGGAGUUGAUGCUGAUCGAGUGGAUACGUGGGAACGGCGCGGACGCAGAGCGAGCAGUAGAGAAAUAUGUGAAGGAGAGCUGUUUAUUGUCGGAGGAAGAGAAAUCAAUGGUGGAGGAGAUGAUGGAGAUAGGUUUUAGGUGUGUAAGAUUUAACGCAGAAGAAAGGCCUUCAAUGUAUCAAGCAUACGAAUCUUUGACUAAAAUUGGCGACAGAUAUGGAAUUUGGGACGACGAGGAGGAAAUACCGAUUGAAUGGGCAGCUCGAUUGAAAUAUAAUUGA